AUGAGUAAUAACACCACCGGAGAGUCCUUAAAUAUACUUCAGCGUCUACUAUCGGAAUUUUACAAUGUUCAAACAACCAACAAACGUAAAAGAGAAAUCGAACAAUUGUUGGCGAAUUUUAGCCAGCAGAAAGACGCAUGGAGGCACUGCAUUUGUUUUUUGAACGAUUCUCAAGAACAGGGUGUUCUCAUGUUUGCAACCAGAGUCUUAGAGGACAUCGUUAACAAAAAAUGGAUUGGUGUGGAUGCCAACGAAAAAAGAGAAUUCCGUUCUACGUUACCUCGGUUACUUCUAGCAAAACGAACCGAUUUUCCUAUUUUUGUGCGUAAUAAAUUGGUUAAAGUGAUAGUAGAUAUAGCUAGAUUGGAUUGGCCACACUUUUAUCCAAAUUUCUUUAAUGAUAUGCAAGAAAUAAUUAGUGAACCUAGCACCACUAGCCUUGGCUUGUACAUGUUAUUGACAACCUCAGAGGAAUUAAUUCAACCUCGUGAAAACGUUAUAUAUAGUCGAAAACUUGAAUUAAAGAGACUGCUCUUGAAUGAGGUGCCCAAGAUCCUAUCUAUGCUAUCAACUUUACUAGAUUCAUUAUUGGAUAAAUAUCAAGUUGCAAGACAUAUUACACCAUCUACUUCUCCAACGUCAUUACGACAUAAUGAAACUGGAGCGGUUGGUCUAGACCUGUUUUCGGUAUCGCCAUCAUCAUAUGAUCAAAACGAUAACUCAACCACUGAAAACGACAAUAUUGUACAAAAAUUACUUCGAUAUAUGCCUUCUCGUCAAGCUAAAUCUAGCAUUCAAGCAUGGAAUGUAGAAUCAAAAGAAAUUGCCGCUUUGGCCUUACAAUGUCUAGCUGAUUUCUUUUCAUGGAUUCCUUUGUCAUCACUCAUGACAACAUCAUUACUGACCACCAUUUUUGGCUAUGCCAGCUUCGGCUGUCAAACUGGUGAUGGCCAUCAGUUGGGAACGUUAGCAAUGGACUGUAUAAAUGAAAUAGUUUCCAAGAAUUGUGUUCCGGAAGAGUUCGAGGAAUUCUUAUUAAAAUUAUUUCAAGAAACAUAUCAAUUGUUGCAAGAUUUGGUCAUUGGUCAAAAUAUCAAUUUCGCUGAUCUAGAUGAAAAGUAUUUAGAUAAAUUUACAGAAUUUCUACGGCUAUUUGUUAAUGUUCACUUACAAAGAUUUACAAACAGUCCAUAUUUUCCGCUAUCAAGAUUCUUCGAGCUUCUGUUUAAGUAUACUUUCUUACAGCAUCAUUUAGAUGGCUAUUAUGCUUGCUUAGAAAUAUGGGAAUUCUUUAUUGAACACUUAAAAAUGCAAAUUAAGGCUGAGAGUAAUAAUCAUGCAAAAGCAGAAAAUAUUAUAAACAAAUAUCGGAGUAUUCUUACCGUAUUAGCUAGUAGUAUUAUCAAAAAGAUUCAGUCCAGCAAAAAUUAUAAUCAAAUUGAGGCUCUUAGUAACGAUGUAAUGGACGAAGAAGACGAAACAGAUUUACAAGUAUUUCUGAAAAAUAACAUUGAGAUUAUUGCCUCUAUUUCUGAAAUUCAACCGGAAUCAAUUCUUCAAACAUUAUUUGAUAUACUGAAAUCGCGAUUCAGCAUUUUUUCAAGUAUCGAGCAAUACUUAGUACAAAAUGUUCAAGGUCGAUGUAUAGAAUUUCCUGAUAAUCAAGACGGUAACUAUAUAAAGCUGCAAUUUCACUGUGCUUUGAGAGAUCUAUCUACUUGCAUACAAGCAUUAGGCAGGAUGUCUGAGCAUUUUGUCGACGCUUUAUUUAUGGAAAGAUUUCAAAACUGCAAUACAUUAUUAGAUGGACUAACCCACGUCUGCUUUUUCGCCACGAAGCUACAACUAUAUAAUAUUAAUUGUGAAUCAUCAUUAUUAUCAACUAUCAUGGAAGUUCAUAUUCAAUCUAUGGCUGCAAUUCAAGCCUUUAGCCCAUGGUUGUGCCAAUUUCACGCCCAUAGUCAAGGACACAUUGAUCGCCAAAAAAUGUUCUAUUCGCUAUUAAAUCAAAUUGUGGAUGCUGUUAUUCCUCUCUUGCAAAAAUCCGCAAAAACGCCAGAAAAAUUAGCGUAUUGUGCCGCUUGUUUACUGUUAACCUUAGCAACAAGUAUUAGAACAUCUAUGUUACUAGAUAUUCGAUCAAUUCAAGAUAUGACCAACAUGAAUUCCGGAAUUACAACCUUUGAUUACCUUCCUCAAAAGGUUCAAGUCGUUAUAUUUAAGAUGCUCUCAAAUACUAUAAUUCUACCCUGGAAUGGUGUCAAAGAUAGUGACCAGCGUUGGGAAGAACGCUCAGAGAAACAUAGCAGUUUCGUAAGAAGCACAACAUUGAGUCUUACUAACACCUUACAGAAUCAAUCGAUUCAACAAGACAGUAAUCUAAUAAGUCAAGAUCUUAUCAACGAAGUUAUGGACCUUAUCUAUAGUCUUUUCAAUGGGUUAUUAAGUCAGUGUGGAAUGGCUUUCGCUAAACAAAUUUUAGAAACGUUCAUGCACUUAUUCUCGAAGUAA